AAGUUGAGCAAAAUAAAAAUAAGAUUAGUAAUUAGAAUAACAAUAUUAUAUAAAAAUGAUGCGCUGCAAAUUGUUACCGCGUGCUCUAAAAUUGCUGACACAAACUCGCUGCGCCAGCAACAAGGCAACACGAGUGAGCAGCAGCAACAGCAAUGUGAAGGCGCAUCAGAGUGAAAAUCAAAUGCCAGAGGAGGCACCAACGGCAGAACAACAGCUGACGGCACGCGAGCCGCUGGUGAAGAAUUUCUUUGUAGGCGUCAUGGACAAGGAGCUAUUGGGCUUUCCAGAGGUAAUACCACGUGAGGAAAUGGCCAAUCUGCAGAAUACGCUGCUGCCGCUGAAGAAUUACUUUGUCGAGCAAGUGAGUCCCAAGCAGGCGUGGAAUGACUUAAAGCAGUUAAGGCUUUUUGGCUUAAAUGUGCCCACCGACUAUGAAGGCAGUGGCUACAAUUGGAGCGCUAGCCUCAUGGCAAGCGAGCCGGAGUGCAACGUGACCAGCGUUGGAUUGGCGCUGCAGACGCAUCGUGUGGUUGUGGACAUGCUGUGCGAGCUGGGCACUGUGGAACAGCAGCAGCGCUAUUUGCCGGCAUUGGCCAGUGGACAGCUCAUGGGCACCGAAGCUAUCUUUGAGUAUACGCCGCCCGAAGAGGACAUAUUCGGUGCACAAGCAACUUAUGAUAUGGCAGCAAGUCGUUGGGUCUUAAAUGGCGAGAAGGCGUUUGUGGUUGUCGCACCCGGCGAAGCACGUCAGCUGUUCCUGGUGCUGGCACAAACACAGGCAGCAAAUCUGCCCGGACCUGCUGGCGUUGGCUGCAGUAUCUUUCUGGUGGACUCUCAGCAGAAAGGUGUGCGCCUCGGAGAGGAACACUCCAGUUUUGGUUGCCGUGAAGUUCCCAUGCGUCGUGUGCACUUUGACAAUGUGCAGCUGGAAGAGCAACAAAUGAUUGGAUUGGCGCACAAUGGCAACAAAUAUGCAGAGCAACUCGUGCGCUCCUCUCGGUUACGCAGCAGCCUCUUGGGCAUAUCACUCUCCAAGCAGUUGCUCAAUCAGCUCACCAGCUUCAGCAUCGAUACUAGACAAGGUGGCGCCCAGAUCCAAGAUUUGGAGCUGACCCGUGUGCACUUAUCGCAGAUGAUGUGCUCUAUUUAUGCCAUGGAGAGCAUGCUUUAUCUAACUGCUGGCAUGCUGGAUGAGUUUGCUGGCCAGGAUGUGACGCUGGAAAGCGCCAUUACCAAAUAUUAUACAAUGCGUGAGACCUAUAACAUUGCCACACUCAGCAUGGGCAUAUUGGGACCCAAGAGUCUGCACAGCGGACAGCCCUUAGAGCAAGGACUACGAGAUGCAGCUCAGCUGGUGACACAAGGCGAAUCCCCCAGUACGCUAAGCUUGUUCAUAGCGCUCUCAGGACUGCAACAUGCAGGCCAACUGAUGAACGCCGGAGUACGCAAGGCACGUAAUCCACUCUUCAAUCCUGGACACAUCUUUGGCAAAUUCCUCUCCACCGACAGCAUUGAACAGCCCAAGAUACGCGGUAUUCUGACAGAGAAUUUGCAUCCAACUUUAGAGGCCUCGGCUCAGUGCAUAGAGCACUCUGUGGCGCGUCUCCACAUGGCCGUGGAUUUGAUGUUCACCCGUCAUGGCAAUGCUGUCGUGGAGAAGCAGCAUGAGAUGCAACGUCUGGCCAACAUUGCCUCCAACAUUUAUGCCAUGUGGGCAAGCGCGGCGCGUGCGUCCCGCUCCUACUGCAUUGGUCUGCCUUUGGCGGAUCAUGAGCUGCUCACUGCCUCUGCUGUAUGCAAUCAGGGACGUGAUGAGGUUACUCGGCUGGCCAUGGAGAUUUACAAUGGCAAUUAUAUGAAUAAUGAUAACAAUCUGCUGCGACUCGCUAACCAAGUGACCAAGAGCAGAGGUUACUUUCCUGUGCAUCCACUAACAUUUAAUUUUUAAGUGUUCUCCUCACCUUGUUAUGCAAUAAAUGCAAUAAUUUAAACGA